AUGCUAUCGCUACAUGUAGAAGUAUUGUGGAUUGUAUUGCUUCCUUGCAGCGUCAAAAUUGCAAAGCUGAUUCAAAAGUCCAGCUGUGAUGUAGUCUGUAUUAUCGAUCGCCAAGUGCCGGCGGAGUUGGCGGAGCAAUUUAGCGAGUUUCGAGCAUUUGAUAAGGCAUUCGAUAGUGUGGUUUCCUGCUUCAAAUCGCAAAAGUUGGACUUGCCCAUAGUUUAUUCACCAGUACAAGAAUUGACAGAUUAUCAUGAUGUGCGGACGUACCAAAAAGCGGCAGCUAAGUCGUUGGAACGAGCAAUUAAGGCUGGCUUCAAGUCGCCCAUGUUGAUCGUGCCCACAAGUCACCGCUUCUCCAAUGCUGAACUUUGUACUGUGCUAGGUGCUUUGGAUCAAUUAUAUGUUCCAAUUCAACUGCGAGAGGAUGUCCCUGCACAUGCCAAGCAAAUUAAGGAGUUAUCUGUGCUGAUUUCCAAACCUAAUGCUGAAGAUAUUUUAAAGGAAGCCUUGGUCUUAGAAUCUGGUCGAAUGGUUGCCCGUGAUAUUGGCGUUGGCGAUCCAGAGCGUAUGGCGCCACCGCGCGUAGAAGACUACGUUAACAAUGUGCUCUCCUCGCUGAAGAAGGAAGUAAUUAGCGAUUUAAACGUUUUGCAAGAGGAUUAUCCGUUAUUUGCCGCUGUCAAUCGCGCUGCAAACCAAGUAAAACGCCAUCGCGGUCGCAUUAUCUUCUUGGAGUAUGUGCCGCCACAGCCGGCAUCCAAAACACUCAUGCUAGUGGGUAAGGGCGUCACCUACGAUACUGGUGGUGCUGAUAUCAAGGCUGGUGGUGUAAUGGCUGGCAUGUCACGUGAUAAGUGUGGUGCAGCUGCUGUCGCAGGGUUCAUGCAGAUUGUCAAUGAGCAAAAGCCUGCUGAUGUACACGUCAUGGCUGCACUCUGUAUGGUACGCAAUUCAGUGGGUGAGGAAUCGUACGUAUCCGAUGAGAUUCACACCUCCCGUGCUGGUGUGCGCAUACGCGUUGGUAAUACUGAUGCUGAAGGGCGCAUGUGUAUGGCGGACGCGUUGUGCCGUAUGAAAGAGAUAGCUAUCGAACGCAAACUACCUGACCCCCAUCUUUUCACUAUAGCGACCCUCACUGGUCAUGCUUGUAUUUCAGCUGGGGAUGGUUACUCCAUUGCCAUUGACAAUAGUGUAGCACAAAAAGCUGGCCAUGCGCGCUUGUUGCAAGAGGUUGGCCAAUCCUUUGGCGAGCCUUUCGAGGUGUCUGUGCUACGUCCAGAUGAUUUCGAUUUCAAUAAGGGUAAAGUGAUUGGAGAAGAUAUUGUACAGGCCAAUAAUGCCCCUUCAACACGCACGCCCAGAGGACAUCAGAUUCCAGCCGCUUUUCUCAUUCAAGUCACCGGUUUGGACAAACAUGGCUUGGAGUCGAGCUUGCCAAUCAAAUAUACGCACAUUGACGUUGCUGCCAGUGCUUGUGUAUUCCCUAAAAUGCCUACUGCUGCACCGAUCGUGGCAUUGGCAAAAACACAUUUGUAAAUUUAACCGUCCAUUUGAGGUUUGCAUUUAUGCAGAAUGUGUACAGCAUUUUCCAAUUGAAACUUAAUCAAAUUGUACUUAUAACCGCAAUGCAUGUAUGUAGAUAUGUAACUUUGUUACUCUACUUAACCACUACGUAAUAUAAUCACAAACGAAAAGUCAGGAAUUGCCAAAAUAUAAAUUUUGUUUAAAAAGGUA